AUGGUGAGCAUGGGUAGAGCCAUGGAUCGGCAGAGCGCCGCUCUGCGCCGUCCGGAUCUGAAGCUCUUCAUCAAGGACGUCCGUGAUCGCCAACAGCGGAAGAGGGCCAUCACUAUUCGUUCUUGGUCCACCAUCCAAGAAGUAAAGCUGGUCAUUCAGAAGAUCAUGCACGUCCCCCCGAAUGCACAACGCCUCUACUUUGGACCACUUUUGAGCUCCGGGGGUGAGCUUCCAAACCACAGAACGCUCCAUGAUGCUGGGAUCUAUCGCUCCGGAGAGACUCUCUUGUUGGAUAUCAAAGUGAGUAAUUCUGCGUCUCCAACAGGCAAUCUUUCGUCGUUCGACGGAAACGACAUCUGUAUCUCCUCUUCCAUGAUCGAUUCGACACCCAAAGUGCUACGGAGCGUAGUUCAAAAGUCACGGCGAGGAUUUCAGGUGGGACUAAAGCCGUCCCUCUUCCUGGACGGAAGUGGCGGAUCUUACGCCGUGUUCGAUCCGCGCAAGAAGAAGAUCGCGGUGUUCAAACCAGCUGACGAAGAACCCUACGCCGAGAACAACCCUCGCGGAUACAUUCGUCAAGUAGGUCAGCCUAUGGCAUUACGAGAAGGUGUUGCUCCGGGAGAAGCUUGUAUGCGUGAGGUUGCGGCAUUCCUGUUGGAUCAUGACGGAUUUAGUGGAGUCCCCAUGACGACGCUUGUGGAAGCCCGUCAUCCUGCCUUCAACUACAAUGGCUCUCGCCUCAAGGUCGCGCAAGGUGGAGCGUCGAUUGGGCCUCAUUCCAUCAACUCUGGAUCUGGGCCGGCGGCUUGUAACAAGAAGAAAGUUGGAUCUUUCCAAGAAUUCGUCAACGGUGAAUGUACCAUGGAUGACAUCAGCCCCAGCAAAAUCAGUGUCGACGAAGUGCAUAAAAUUGCCAUUUUGGACAUUCGAAUCAUGAAUGCCGAUCGAAAUUCUGCAAAUCUCUUGGUGCGGAGAAGGCGCGACAACACCUUGGAGCUCGUGCCGAUUGAUCAUGGAUUCUGUCUUCGCUCCGUCGGAGACGUCUCGUGGAUGGAUUGGUGUUGGCUCGACUGGCCGCAGUUAAAGCAGCCAUUAAGCGAAAAGAGCAAACGCUACAUCCUCAAUUUGGACAUUGAGGGAGACGCCAGAAUGCUGAUGGAACAGCUCAACAUUAAUUCGGACGCUGUGCUGGAUCUCUUUCGAAGUAGUUGCAGAAUUCUCAAAGCGGGUGUCCAAGCCGGCUUUUCUCUGUAUGACAUUGCUUGCAUGUGUUGCAGGAAUGACGAUCUCGGUGAACUCCCAAGCAAGCUUGAGAUUCUGUAUUCCAUGGCAGAGGACCUUUCCUUGUCUGCGCUCGAAAAUGAAAAAUGGCACCACACUGCCGCAUCGCGGGCUCUUGCGGAACAGCUGUCGCCACAUGGAGAUCCCCUCGUUUCGGAGCCAUGGCGUUCUUCUGAACAAGGGCGAAGCAACAGGAUGCACAAGUCAGCAUCUAGCGUUCAGUUUCAUGCCAUUUACGAUCUCGAUGCAGCAUCGACUGAAGAGGAACUAAAGAAGCCAGGGAUCACUCAGUCCUCGGCGUCUGAUUCUAGCCUCGAAACUGGUGAUUGUCUGAACGAGAAAGAGGAAUGCGAUGAAUGGGCUGCAAAUCUUCUGACGAACAUUAGCAUGGAAAGGAGCAUGACCCAACUUCCGACGAGGGUCGAUGAUGGCUCGGCUUGUUCGGAGGACGACUCGGAUGAUGUUAGUGGUUCUCCGAGAGGCUUUUGGCACAUCCGUCCUGGACAGGAGCAGUCGGAUGAUGAUUCGUCAUCGUGGAAUAUGUCUCCGGAGUCUUCACCCAUUCAUGGAGCGGAAUUGAAGCGGCCAUCGUCUGCUAACAUGGCCAAGCUCGAGCUUCUGCGGCUUCCAAGUGUGCCUGUCACGAAACGAGAGACGUCAGUUCAUUUCGUCGAUGACGCUUGGAUAAACAAGGAGCUGGAGCUUCCCUCCAGUCUCGGGAGUCCUGAAGACGAAGACGAGAAAGUGACCCCCCCGCCGGUGCCGUCUUUGCCCAAGUCGGGUGGCAAGAUGCAAAGGAGUCAAAGCUAUUCAGCCAUCAGUGCAUUGGAUGCCCAAUCUUCCAGCGCAGCAAACGCGUCGCUCCCACGAAAGCACGGCAGUCGAUAUCCAGAUCCAUGCACAAAGGAGUACGAUCAUUUUCGUGACUAUUUCUUGAAAUUUGUUGACCUCGUGAUCGUCCGAGAAACAAGGGCUCUCACUGCCCGAUUACAGUCGGCGUAG